AUGUACGCCAAGUUGAUCGUUGCCCUUUGCGCAUUUAGCGUAGCUCAUGGUAGUGGCCUCUUAGCAGCUGCUCCUUUGGCGUACAGCAGUCAUGCUAUUGCUUCACCUGCAGUCUCUUCUGUAUCUUCAUACUCUAGUCAGACCGCACAUGGGGCUCCUGUAGCCGCGUACGCUGCACAUGCUGUCGCCAAUCCGGCCAUCGCCACUUCAUAUUCUGCUCCAGCCAUCGCUAGUUAUGCCGCAGCACCAGUAGUUACCAAGUCUAUUUCACCAGCCAGUGUGUCCUACUCAUCUUACUCCAGCAGCACAUCUCACGGCUCUCCAGUCACGUCUUAUGCCGCACCUGCAGUUUCUUCUGUCUCCUAUGCUGCACCUGCCAUCGCCAAGAUUGCUACUCCAGCCAUCGCCACUUCAUACGCUGCACCAGCUAUCGCUAGUUAUUCUGCUGGACCCGUUGUGACCAAGUCAAUCUCACCAGCCAGUGUCUCUUACUCUUCGUACUCGAGCAGCACAUCUCACGGUUCUCCAGUUGCGACUUACGCUGCUCCUUCCGUUUCUGUUGCCGCUGCACCUGCAGUUUCUGUGUCUUCUUAUUCUACUCAGACAGCACACGCCGCUCCAGUUGCCGCGUACGCCAAGAUUGCCGCUCCGGCUAUAGCUACUUCAUACUCUGCUCCAGCCAUUGCUAGUUAUGCUGCAGCACCCGUAGUAGCCAAGUCUGUUUCACCAGCUCGUAUUUCCUACUCAUCAUACUCGAGCAGCACAUCUCACGGAUCUCCAGUCGCGUCUUACGCUGCUCCCGCUGUUUCCGUUGCAGCUCCUGCUGUAACUGUCUCUCGUACAAUCACUCCUGCCGUGUCAUCUUAUUCUUCCUACUCUACCCAAACUUCUCAUGGUGCUAGAGCCAUUGCUGCACCUGUAGCUGCCUAUGCCGCUGCACCAGCCAUUACCUCUUACGCUGCCCCAGCAAUUACCUCUUACGCUAACUCAUACGCAGCGCCCGCGAUCGCCUCGUACUCUAAAUAUUAUUCCGCCCCCGCGAUUGCCUCUUACUCAAGACUGUACUCUGCUCCCGCGAUCUCCUCGUACGCCGCCCCAGCUUACUCUACAUACGCCUCGGCCGCCCCCGUCCUCAAAUCUGUCUCUUACUCUGCUGCUCCUGCAGUGUCUCACAUCUCCUACAACGCUCACGGUGCCAACUACGCUUGG